UAUACAACCGCGACAGUCUAGGCAGUUCGCACUGCUUUCCUUUCAAAGUGCAGGCGAUAGUUCCAGGUUCUGACGGUUCUUGAGCGACAUUGUCGUCGCGUGUUCCCGUCCCAACCAUUGGCGUCCGCGCAGCCCGACCCAAGCGUACAGUCCACGCGUUUGUCGACACUCAGACGGCAUUGCGCUCCACGACCGUCGCAGCUUCAUCACAAUGCAAUAGCGGCCUCAACAUCGAACAUGGCCGAGGUAACAAUACUGGACGCCUUGCAGGCUUUCCACCGAGAGCUUAUUGCUCUUGGCGGUGGCUAUGGCGACGGCGUCGAGUGCCUGAACAACGAGCCUCUAGUUCAGACUUUCCUCAAGGAGCUGGAAAGACUAUGGGACAGCCCGCCAAAGAGCGAUCAGAGCCGCAACAAGCUCAAGUCAGGCGAGAUUUCCCUCGAUGGCAGCGACUACACGGUCAACGACAAGUUCCAGCAAGACGCGCUGCUCCUCUCCGACGAAAUCGACAUUGAUGAGCUGGACGCGGCUCGGUGUCUGCUCGACUCACAGGAGGACCCCCCUGUGCUGGGGCGGCCGCUUCUUGAGUGCGGCAUCAUCCGAUUCCACCAGCAACGGAAGUACGUUCUUGACUCGCUGCGACUGCUCCUCGAACUGGAAGACGGCGAUGACGAUGCCCAAGAUUCAGCCGCCGUCGAUACCAUCCGCAUGUUUGUCGCCGCUCGGCUUUUCCAGUCUGGCGGUGGCAGUGGGUCAAAACGCUACGUGCCGAGGUGCAUGGCCGCCAUGGCCAAGAUUCGAACCUGGCUGCAACGGAUAGGGGACAAGAUCGCCGCGGCGCAAACCCUGGGCCAAGGAAACGGCGACCAGAUAUCCGAACAGAUGGAGACCAUCGAGUUCUCGCGCCUGAGUUUGAUUCAGCAGCACGAGCUUCUUGGUGUCGUUCUCUGUCGCUGCGUCGAGAAGCGACAGGCCGCUACGUCCGAUUUCCUUGAUUUCAUCUCCGUUCUUAAAAGAGCCGAAAAGUACGAGACAUUGCUCGUGCACCUCAUGCCGGCUGUUGGCGCCUACGUCUCGCUCUUUGGGUCUACGGAAGGUGGCUACGAUCUCAUCAGCGUCCGAGAGCUCAACGACAAGCUCUUUCCGCCCUCCGGCGACUCUGGCUGGCGUCUCCCGCAACUACAGGCCGCAUUCCGGGCCUGGUGGCUAGCCGAGUACAGCGGAUUCUACGUCGAUGACCCGCCCGAGGCUGCGAUACCUCCCAAUACCGAUCUUGACGAGGAGGACCGCCAAAGAUCCAAACAAUUCCUCGAGGCCUUGAAAGACGGUGCCUUCGAAUGGAUCCUGGCCGUAGCAGGGGACGUGAGAUCUCCCGACUGGCACGACCCGGUUCGCAUGGGUAUGCGAAACUGGCUGCAAAGGAGAUCGACUGCUCUGCCUACCGAGGCAAUCCAGUUCUCCAACUUCUUCCAAAACUGCCUCAUGUCACACCUUGAGGUUUUGGUAGACGCAUUCAUCUCUAACCUGCCAGACGUCCUACGAAAAUUGCGGGUGGAGGAAGACGAACAACGGUCGUUGAGUCAGACCCACGAGCAGGAUCUAGACUUGGAAAGGUUUUUGCUCAUCAUCGCCUAUGCCUAUGAGGGACGCCCGGAUGCCGCUACGACGUUCUGGUCUGACCCAGACAGUAACCUUGCCGGCUUCAUGCACUGGGCGUCUCGAAGAGCCUCAACCCCGCUGGUGACGGCCUUCUGCGAGAUGUUGCAGGCCAUCGCUGAGAAUGAGGAAAGCGCCACGGCCGCCCAUGAGUUCCUUCUCGACGAAGGCAUUCACUCAUCCGGAAAAAUAAGGCGAACGCAGUCUUUGACCUGGGCCCAGAUUUUCAAAGAACUUGACUUCUAUUCGGAUAGAAUCCGGCAGAAGCCCGCUCCGGCGCAAACUGUCAAAUACCGCGGUACGAAGGCCCCAAGCGAGCUGGUGGAAACCGAGCCUGAGUCUGCGAUGAUGCUGGAAUGCUACAUGCGCCUUAUCACCAAACUGUCAACCGAAAGCGAGACGGUGAGGACUUUCCUCCUGCUGAACCCAGGGUAUAAUCUCGUCGACAUGCUCUAUGAGCUAGCCAGCAGCCCGAUACCGUCCCGGCUCCGAGGCUGUGUGUUCAUGGCGCUCAGGGCCCUAGUGAAUCGCAAAACGACUCAGGAGAGCCAAACAAUGUGGAACUGCCUGGAGACGUGGAUCACCGGCGGCUAUGCUAAUCCCACAGCGGGGCCGAUCCGGCAGGCUCAGCCGACACCUCUCGUCUCAACGGAGAGGAUUCUCGAUGAGAUGAGCAACGGCUUCGAAGACCCCGUGUCGUUCAUCCACCUGUUGGUUGCGUUGGUGUCGCCGGCACGGGAUAGCAGCCCCUUGAACGACUCUCUGCCCUUUCCCGAGAGUCUGGGGUCUAGCUCGCGUUAUCCAGGCAUUGAAGUUUACGUUGACUUCGUCAUGGGACUCGUCUUCGCGACCAAGUCUCAGGAUCUCGAGGACAAGCACCAGAUUCGGGUCCUAAGGUUGAGCUGCCUCGAGUUCAUGCUCACCUGCUUGUCGACUUUCAACGAAGAUCUCAUCGUGAUGGCGAACGAGACCAACAUCCAGAUCGACUCCGUUAUUGCGACCACCGAUCUCGCCACCUACGUUUGCAAGCAUCCGUUUGCUAGAGUCAUGGAGUGGAUGUUCAACGACAAGGUCAUGACGUCCUUGUUCAACACCAUUCAUCAGGAGCCGGCAGAUGUCGGCAACGCAGCUCCCGACUCACCCCUCAUCCUGGGCAUCCUGCGCGCCGUCGAGGUCAUCACUAAGGUGCUGGACCUUGAAGCAACCUAUCUCGACUUGGUGAGGCCGCUCAUCAAACUUCAAUCUGGUCAGCGACGUCAGCCUGUUGCCAAUGCUGCCUAUGCCUCCUUUCAAGAUGGUCUCGUUACGAGGCUGAAUCUUGUAGUCGACCUGGGUAAUUAUUGUGGUAUUGGCCACCCCGACCUCACUUUAGCUUGCCUAAAGUUGCUGGAGAAGAUGGCAUCGUCAUCCAAGAUAACCGCAACAUGGUCCGGGUCGAGCAAAGGGUCGCACCGGAAUAAGGCCAUCGUGGCCUUGGAAGCCAACGGAGAGCAUGAGGCCAUCUCGAGGUCUUUUGGAUCAGAGCUUAUGGCUCCGUUGGAAGCACAACGCGAAGCAGAAUCGCCGAACUACAUCAUCAAAAUCUACAUUCUCGACUUUUUGCUGCAGUGCCUUCACACGACGCCAAAAGAGCCAACUAUUGCUCACCUCUUGUUGGGGUUCACGUGCGGCGUGGACUCUCUGUCAAUCGACAACAGAGGCUCUUUUAUGACUCGCACUUCCCUGUUCCACUCUUUGGUGAGACUUCUCUUUGAGGUCCCAUCUGCCGACACUCAAGGCAUGAGGCACUGGCUCAUCGCCCUCAAAUCGAGGGUUAUGCGGAUUCUGCACAUUUUGUGGAGUUCGCCUCUCUCAUCACAACUCGUCAUCAACGAGCUCCGAGACAACGAGUUUCUCUUCCACCUGCUCAUUCGCGAGUCCGUGAUUCAGCCCGACGUCCCCUGGGAGGGCCAGAACGUUGCCACCAUCCAUUUCCCAAUGACGGACGGAGCACCGACGCUGAUCGACUUCUUGACGCUUCGAAGCUUGACCCUCGAGUAUAUUGCCAUGGAGCUUUGCAUGAUCUCCCAGGGGCGCAUGCCCAGCGUCAAGAGGCGAAUAUAUGAUGCACUGAACGGACAAGUAAUUGGCGAUGGCAAUCAGCCAAUACAAACUCCAACCGUCUUCGACUUGUACGACUUUCUCCUUCCAGAUGGCCUCUGGGACGCUCCAGCUCCGCAGCUUGCGUUCUACAAUGAUCUAGAUGUCUCCGUAUGUGUGGAGACAGACGCCGAUCUGAAUGAGGUGUACAAUGUGGACCGCGUCAAGGAAAUACUACUUCUCAAGCGAAGCGAGAAGCAGGGGCGAGGCACAUUGAUCGCUGCGCAGGAUCUUGUCUUGAUAGAAAGAGAGGAAAUUCUGAUUCAAGAUUACCUCCUGUCGUCCAACAGACAGAAGCAAGUCGGCACGCAAUGCCUUCAAGUGCUGAAGUCUUGGACCAAGCUACUGCUUAUCAUGGUCGAGUGCAACGACUUCAAGGGGACCGCGCAGACCUCCUUCUUCCUUCAAGCCCUGCAGGCCAUUCUCCCCAGCCUAGAAACGUUCGCGUCUGAUCGUCCGGCAGAAGCUCUCGAACUAGCCAAGCUCGCACGGGUGCUUCUGUUCAAGCUGGAUGUGGCCAACACCGACGACUCGGAUAACCCGUCGAUUGGCAAUUUGGUCAGCGAUAAGCUCUACCAACUGUUCCAGAUCUGUCUUCAAGCGAUUGGUAAAUGGGCUGGGUCACCAGGGCUGAGAUCCGUGUACUACGAGAUUUGCUAUCGCUACCUAACGGGAGUCUCAGAACAAGGGCCACUCAGCUCGACCCGGCCCAAGACGACCAAGACGAUACAAGUCUACGGCGAGAGACUCAUCAAUGUCAUCUGCGACGAUGCGUAUUGCGGUGAGCCCACCUGUCAGGCUGCGGCGUUCAUCUUUUUAAAUGCCCUGGUCAACGUCGGCAGGCACGAGGGUGACAACCAUGUUAUCGAGACACUGAACCGGCUCAACUUCAUUGGGAUCUUGGUCGACUCGUUGCGGAACAUCAUGCAGGAAUGGCACGAAACCUUUUCAUCGGGAUACACGGACCAGCAAAACUUUCAAAAUGCCCGUCUCGCGCUUCUGCUGCAGAUGGCGCAGUCGCGAGCAGGCGCCAAGUACAUACUCUAUGCCAACUUGUUCCGGACGAUUGAGAAUUCGGGCCUCUUCGCCGCGGACCCCGAGCUACAAAGCAACGCGAGCAACUCUCAUGCCCUGGAGCAGCAUUACGACUUGCUGGCCAAGAUCAGUCGGGUUAUCGGCGCCGCGCUUCUCAGCCGAGGAAGCCACAACGCGGUCCAGGGCCGCAAGUUCCUGACGGACCAUCGAAUGCUCGUGACGCACACACUGAAGCGUAGCGCCGGCAUUGGCAGCGCCGGCGUUGCCGAAUCUCUGGACGAGAGGAUUGGCGACCUGGCGGAUGCCCUGAUGGUCAUCAUUGCUGCGACGGGUUUCCUGGAGUUUGAGAACGAAGCUACCGCGAGCUCGACUAAGCCGGAUCUCAGCUUGUUCCAUUGAGAGGCGUGCUUUGCCUAUAACAGGCCGUGGGAAAAGGAGAGCCAUUGGCUUCGGUGAUAUGAGUAGUCGCGGGAAGAAGGCAAGUACAUAGAUUCGGAUCUAUUUGUACGCUUGGGUUUCGGCUGGGGCGUUGGGAGAACAUUGCCAACACAAAAACAUCAUCAUUGGCAUGGGCGCGUGUAUGCCUGCGCGCUUGCGUUGCGGUUUGGACUGGAAGGAGGAAGAAGGGAAGCGGCCUCGCUUGGGGUUGGUGGGCCCAUGGGAUAAAUACCUGCAUUUCGGCACAUCGCGGACCACCACUCGUGGUAUAGACUCUUUUCUGGCCUUGGAAUAAGACCUUCAAGUGUUUGUUACAAGCGGU